AUGACUAAAGAUUGCAAAUAUAACAAACAUGUGACCAGUUCUUCGCGAUCCCUGGCCUUAGAACAGGCCUACGUUCACGAUGUCUAUUCUGUGAUCGCCAUAAACACAUCCCUGUGCUCUCCAGUCAGAUCUCAUGUCAAAGAGUUUCUGUUCGAAGAGUUUGAGAUCGGAAGCUGUAUUCUUGAUGUCGGUUGUGGCGAUGGAAAGUACUUAAACCUGAAGUCAGAUAUAGUUGUCAUCGGACUCGAGAGAUGUUGGGAAUGGUUUAACAAAUGCAAUAAUAUGUGUCCAUUAGAUAAACAACUCGUUGCCGGCGAUGUUAUGUAUUUGCCAUUUCGCGACGACUUCUUCGACGGUGUCUUAUGUGCCGGUGUUUUACAUCACGUGUCGACAGUCGAGCGACGAGUAAAAGCGCUCAAAGAGAUGGCCAGAACGCUGAAAAUUGGCGGAAAAAUUUUAUUAACAGUAACCAGUGGUCCAGCCGUUGGCCGUGAACUACAAUCUCAGGACGUGUUAAUAAAAUUAGAUGACUUCCCGCAUAAAAUCAGCACAAAUGUAAAUAGCAGUGAAACGGACACUGAAUCAAGUAGUAGUGGUUAUAGUAAUAAUAAUAAUAAUAAUAACUACGGGAAUACCGUUUAUGAAUCCUGUAAUACACCGAACUCAGAGUUUGGCAGUUGUUAUAGUUUUGUUCGCAAAGCUCUUCGAAAAUUUAGUUUUACUGGAAGUUUCGGUAGUCUACAGUCGCGGCGGACCAGCGGUAAUAAAUCGCGAACAUCCAACAGCUCAUCUCUAUCUAAAGGCGACUUUCCCAUUGAAUUGCGAAACAUUGAAGACAUUGGUGACGAUGACUCUAUCAGUGUUACCAAUGAUUGUCCCGCAGAUUGUGAUAUCAACUCUAUUAAUGAUAGCAACAGAAGUCAUUCAGUUUUGAAAAGUUCUUCGCUGUUAUCAAUAAUCAAAGAACACAUCAUUUCAUUUCAGUUUCAGUUCAAAUCAAAGAACUUGAUGAACAAUGAAUCAAAUAAUAACAAUAGUAAUAAUACUAAUACUAAUAAUAACAGAAAUGGUUUUCCUCAUAGGUUUAGUUUACCAAUUAGUUUCAAACGCAAUGAUAAUAACAAUAAGUCAAAGACACCAUUGAAUAUCAUUAACAGAAUUAAUACGGAUAUCAUUAAUGAAAUUCAUGAAAAAGAGUCAAAUAAUGAUUACAAUAAUUAUCAAAUGGAAAGUAAGCCAACAGUCAAGUCAUUCAAAAACAAUAAAGAAAUGAACAGAUUAUUGAAGAAAUCAUUUUCAUCCGAUUCUUUAUCCUCAAGACAGGCAAGUCUGGGAAGUACUGGCGCUCAACUCAUUGCCUAUUACUCGAUGCCUGAGUUACACAACUUAAGUGAAUCGCAAACCAAUGUCGAUAUCAGUACUAAUGGUAAUCGUGUCGCUAAAUUCAAGCCAAAAAUCUUGGAUUUACAUCCGAUUACAUUCAUUGAUAGCACAAAAACUAGUCAAACAACAAAGGAAUGCAUAAAUGAUUUAAUAAAUGAUAAAAACUGUGAAACAAUUUGUGAAAUUACUAUUAAAGAAGAGACAAAUAAUUUGAACUCAAACCAAAACAAUGUCACCAAAACACCGGAGACAUCUGAAAGCAGCGAACAAAUUGAAGAAAAGGAUAUUCUUCUUGAAAAAGAAGAAAUGAAUGAUAGUAUCGAUUCGAUGGACUCAAAUCAAUCGAUAACACAAACUUCUGGUAACGGAAAGUUUCCGAAGAAAUUGUUGCGACAAAGAAGUUUCAGUGCCGACUAUCAGCCAGAAGUGCCAAAACCACAGUCAGAACAGCCGCGACGCUUCUCCGCCAGUCCUAACAUCGGGUCAACGCGUGUCAACCAAAUCGCACACUACCAACAAUUGAGUAUCGAUAGCGAAGAAUCAUUUGUUACCAUAAUUCCUGCCAAUAGAAGUACCCGCCAGAGUGUUACCGAAGCCAUGAAUAAUUGCGAUACAUUUGUCGACUUAGAAGACGACUGUUUGAGCUCAUCAACAGACGACGCCUGUUAUGAGGAUAUCAUUGGAGAACAAACAUCCGAAGACAAUACAAGUGCCUCAUCUGUCACCGAAAUUACCAAAUCGAUUGCAAAAUCGUCGCUAAAGAGCGAUUCGGAGGACAGUCAGUCGUCGACACCAUCGCCGCCCACUACUCUUCACCGGUAUUUUCAUGUGUUUCGAAGCGGAGAAUUAGAACAACUCAUUGAACAAAACAUACAGAAUCUUCAUGUCGUUAACUCAUAUUAUAAUGAAAGGGCCACCUCUUGGUGUGUUGUCGUCGAGAAAGUGCACGUCUGGACCAUCUGA